AACAUGGAAGCGGUGGCGAUAGUUGGAGCCUAAGUACUCUGAUGGUCUCUUGGUGCCCUGUGAGAGGAAAGGGGAGGAUGCCACUGGAAUCAUCAUCUUCGAUGCAGCUAUCCUUCUCUUCUCUCUUACCCUCAGUGCCAGGCAAUUCCAUUAACUCUUCCCUUCCCCCAAUGUCUUACAUCACUUCCCAGGAAAUGAAGUGUAUUCUUCACUGGUUUGCCAGUUGGUCGGGUCCCCAGCGUGAACGUUUCCUACAAGACCUGGUAACUAAAGCAGUGCCAGGAAAAUUACAGCCAUUGCUAGAAGGUCUGGAGCAGCUUAGUGUGUCUGGAGCCAACCGACCACCUUGUAUCUUUGAGUGCCAACUACGUCUUUGGGAUCAGUGGUUUCAAGGUUGGGCUGAGGAGGAGCGCAAUGAAUUUGUCAGGCAGCUGGAGGUCAGUGAGCCAGACUUCGUGGCAAAGUUUUACCAAGCAGUGGCUGCUACAGCUGGUAAAGACUGAUAGGCAUUAAAGUCAGAGAAGACAACCAUAGUUGAUGGAGCCAAAGCCACAACUCUACAGUGAGAACUUCAGAUGUGCCACUUAAAGGUCUGGGGAUGGUAUCCUGAUUCACUGACUGAGCUUGCUGACUAGUACAGGCCUGGUUAUUUCAAUGUUUACGCCACAUCCGCUGGACUUCUAGUGUAAAUGUGUUCCAUCUAAGCAAAUCCAGAGUAGCAGUCUGCCUCUAGCUUACUUCUUUCCAGGAGAUGUCAAACUCUCAAGAAUUUAAUGGCUUCUUUUGCAACUAUAACCAAAAGGCACCUACACAUAACUCAAGCCUACUGCUGGCCCAUGGGGAUAUAAAGUAGAACCUUCCUACUCCAGAAGCAGGAGAGAAGAGCAAUAAAAGGUCACGUUUUUAUAUUUAGCUGGAUUCAGAUGUCUGGUUUCACCUCCCUUAGCAGAUUCAGGCAUAAUUAUGUGACAUCCUAACCACUAGCUUUUCCUGUGAUGAUUUAGAAAAAAUUAUGGAAAAAUCAGAAGAGGGAGAUAAUUAUUCCUUCCUCCACACUGAUGUGUGUUUGAAUCCAAAUAGUAAUGACUUUUUCCAAAAGCAUAUGUGAUAUCCUUGGAGCUGUUAGAAGAUAUUCUGUAAGUUUGCUCUAUAACAAUAUGAAAAAAAAAGUGACAUUCUUUAGAGGUUGAAGGGUUUAUUUUUUUGUAUCAAAAUAAAGAAUGAAUCUUUGG